GUCAUGGUUACAUGGUGUCCAUGGUGUGUUCAGGUCCAGAUGUUGCUGGAGGCUCAGAGGAAACUUCAGGCGUCGUCCGGCCGGCGGGUCGAUGCUCAGACGCCCAAAAGCACCGCCAGCGUCGCCGUGGGAACAGGUGCCAGUUUGUUCUGGGGGAGUCCGGUCCAGUUCCCCCCCCCACAGCAGCCAGAACAGGCUCCUCCCCCUCCCUCACACGCUGACCUGUCCGUCAACGGGCCUGGGGGCGGAGCCGAGAACAGUGACAUCACAGCUCAAGAGGCUGCCUGCUUCCCCUCUGCUCAGCACAGGUGA